GCUAAAUCAGACCCCAAACUAUUAAUCCCGGUAAUCAGCACACUAAUCUUUCCAAUCCCAGUCUAAGCUGAACCUUUGGUUCCUUGCCAAACAGGGAUUCCAGACAUGGACGAGGCAUGGCUGGAAGGCCAGAUCGAGGCGAGCUGUUUACUUUGGGCCGGCCCAUUCUUUUCAGCCCAGCCAUUCUGUAGUUUCUGAGGAGAGGAGCUCCUGGUGAUCUGCGCUCCCGCGACGGCAAUGGCGACGAUCGAUUGAUCGCUGCCACCGCUGAUGAUCGUGACGACGCGACAAAUAACAACAGACCAGUGUAGGAUCUUUCUGUCCAAUCAUGGACCCUUCAAAGAUACUGAAUGUGAGAUUCCUUUUUGGUGGCGAGUUCAUCCGCAUUGGUCCUCAACUCGACUAUGUGGGUGGGGAUGAGGCUAUUUCAGAGAUUGAGAGGGACAAGCUCUCGCUGCAGGAGAUCAGAGGAUUUCUUAAAGAUCAUGUAGAACUGAAGGAAUCGAUGAAACUGUAUUUCCAAAUUCCAGGGACUGAACUUGCGGAUGGUUUGGUUUUUCUGCAUGACGACACAGUUUGUAUGAAAAUGGCAGAUUAUAUAUGUGUUGGAGGAGUGGCAAAUGUGUUUGUUGAGUAUCACGGAGAAGAGGACAAUGCUGAAAGCAGUAGUGGCAGUGAUUUUGAAGAUUCGUGUCUCAAUAUGAGUGAUGAUGAACCCGACGAAAUAAUUACCGCUGAACCUACUAAAUCUGAUGAAAUGAUUGAGAUGUUUGUUCCAAAUGACAAUGGUGUGAUUACACAGGUGAUUAGCAGCCCUCUGAAGCAUCCAUCUGCGAGCGGAAGUAAAGAGCAAAUACUAGGUACUAACACUGAUAUGCCAGUGGUUACUAUUACUGAUAAUGAUGAAAGGGCAUACAGUUCAGAUUCAGAGGAUGACACAGAGUACAUGCCACAUAGUGAAGAUAGUGGAGAAGAUUCAGAAGUGGUUGAGCUCAGAAAACAUGCAAGGAAAUUCAAUAAGAGGAUGAGGGAUUCAAAGAGUUGGAUCAACUCAAAUGCUCCGAUUCCGAUGAGAUCCGAUUGCUAA